GCCUUGGUGGUAACUGCGCCGGGUUGUGUGUGUAGGCAGCAGCGCCAGAGGAAGAGGAGCACGAGGAUGCAGCUGCUAUCGUGGCCCCAAGAGGGAGCAGCCACUGUUCUGUGGUGGCGGGGGCCAAGAAAUUGGAAUUAAGAUUGAGGGUCCUGUUGUUGAGGGGACCAGAGCAGAUGGUCCUGCCAGAAGCUCAGGCCUAGUAGUAUCCGGAGAGAGUUCGGUCCGCUGGGCGAAGGCCUGUCUCCUUUGCUUCCUCCCGGCCCUCCAAGUCGAUGGUGGUGAAGUUGGUGGCCCCCAGAGGCACAAGCACCAGGCUGCUUCUCAAACACCCAGCGCCUUUCUGGCCCUGCUUGGACAGCUGCGACGCCGCCUCCUCUCGCCGGUGGAUUCCAUCCUCAGCGGCGGGGGAGGGGGAAAGUUUUCCCCUCCGCCAAGGCUGUGUGGUGCAGGGCGACAACGAGACCUUAGGAGAGUAGGGAUGCAACGUGACCAAACGUCUGACAAUCCUGCUGCCAUAUCUUCACUGGCAUGAUGGACUGUAUCCAUUCAAACUAUAGUGUCUAUGUCCAGGGUUAAGGGAGGAAUGUUGAAAAAGCCCCAAGACUGAUGCAAAGCCUGGUCACACUGAAGGGUCUCCCUCUGUUGCCUAUAGGGAGGGAUAUCUCUCCCAAGGCUCAAGGGAACCUCCUGUCUUGGCUUCCUGAAAUAAUGGGACUUGAGAGACUGCCUAACAUCUGAACAUACAAAACCAAACAGACAAACUCUUGUACCAUUGCUACCCCAACAUUUUAAUCUAGAGGAAUGCCACUGUACAUGGAUUCCAAGCAGGUUAAAAAGAAAAAUAGCUGAUUAGAUGCGAGAACCCAGUGAACGGGAUGACGGCCACAGCGGCAGUGGAGACACAGAAAAUGGAGAAGAGUGCUUCCAAGGAAGAGAAGCAGCAGCCAAAGCAGGAGGACAGCACAGACCGAGGCAAUGUUGACUCUGAAGAAUGGAUGAGCUCUGAGAGUGACCCUGAACAGAUGAGCCUUAGGAGUGGUCACAACAGCUACCAACCUGUAGACACUCAGCUGAAGAAGAAAGAGAUGCCCUCCAAGCCACAUCGUCAGCUCUGUCGGUCACCCUGCCUGGACCGGCCAAGCUUCUCCCAGAGCAGCAUUUUACAGGAUGGGAAGCUAGACUUAGAGAAGGAAUACCAAGUCAAGAUGGACUUUGCUCUAAAGCUGGGUUAUGCAGAAGAACAAAUUCAAUCAGUGCUUAAUAAACUAGGCCCAGAAUCACUUAUUAAUGAUGUUUUGGCCGAGCUUGUCAGACUUGGAAACAAAGGUGACUCUGAAGGGCAAGUCAACUUGAGUCUGUUAUUGCCACGAGGGGCUAGCUCCAGAGAGAUUGCAAGCCCUGAAUUGUCUCUUGAAGAUGAAAUAGACAAUAGUGAUAAUUUAAGACCAGUUGUUAUUGAUGGAAGUAAUGUGGCAAUGAGCCAUGGGAAUAAAGAAGAAUUCUCCUGCAGAGGAAUACAGCUUGCUGUGGAUUGGUUUCUAGACAAAGGCCAUAAAGAUAUCACUGUAUUUGUGCCAGCAUGGAGAAAGGAGCAAUCCCGCCCUGAUGCACCAAUUACAGAUCAAGAUAUUCUACGUAAACUGGAGAAGGAAAAGAUUCUCGUCUUCACACCAUCCCGAAGGGUCCAAGGCAGAAGGGUGGUCUGCUAUGAUGACCGAUUCAUAGUCAAAUUGGCUUUUGAUUCUGAUGGCAUCAUUGUGUCCAAUGAUAACUACCGAGACCUUCAAGUUGAAAAGCCAGAAUGGAAGAAGUUUAUAGAGGAGCGGUUGCUGAUGUAUUCUUUUGUGAAUGAUAAAUUUAUGCCUCCAGAUGAUCCUUUAGGACGCCAUGGUCCAAGCCUUGAGAAUUUCUUAAGAAAGAGACCUGUUGUUCCCGAACAUAAAAAGCAGCCAUGUCCUUAUGGCAAAAAAUGCACCUAUGGCCACAAGUGCAAAUACUAUCAUCCGGAGCGGGCCAACCAACCCCAGCGUUCGGUGGCUGAUGAGCUCCGCAUCAGUGCCAAACUGUCCACAGUGAAAAUAAUGAGCGAAGACACCCUGGCCAAGUGUGGCACAGGGAUGUCUACUGCUAAAGGUGAGAUAACCUCAGAGGUCAAACGUGUGGCCUCCAAGCGCCAAUCAGAUCCCAGCCUCCGGUCUGUGGCUGCGGAACCUGAAGAGUGGCUGCCCAUUGCUCGUAAACCUGAGGCCAGUUCUGUUCCUUCACUUGUGACUGCUUUAAGUGUCCCUACCAUCCCUCCCCCCAAAAGCCAUGCAGUGGGUGCCCUCAACACCCGUUCAGCCAGCAGCCCAGUGCCAGGGUCCUCCCAUUUCCCCCAUCAAAAGGCCUCUUUGGAGCACAUGGUCAGCAUGCAAUACCCCCCUAUCCUGGUUACCAACAGCCAUGGCACCCCUAUUAACUAUACUGAGCAAUAUCCAAAGUUUGAGACUAUGGGGGACCAUGACUACUAUUCAGUGUUAAGUGACUUCUCCAAAGUGAGCAUCAGCAGCAUGCAUAAUCAUGAGUACUAUAUGGCUGAAGCAAACCAGGGGGUAUAUGUUCGGAAUCCCAGCCUAUGUCCUGACAGUCACAUGAGCCAUACAAGGAAUGACAACUACUCCUCUUACAACAACUUGUACUUGGCUGUAGCUGAUGCCCAUCCUGAAGGCACUUUGAAGCUGCAUCGCUCAGCAUCUCACAACCACCUUCAGCCGUUUUCCCAUGGUUACCAUGAAGCCUUAGCAAGAGUGCAAAGUUACGGUUCAGAAGAUUCCAAGCAAGCACCCCACAAGCAGUCAGUCCCUCACUUAGCUGUGCAUGCCCAGAACCCAGCAACCGGAGCACACUCUAGCUGUUCUGGAGACUACACCAUGCCUCCCAAUAUCCAUCCUGUGGGGCCCUCCCAGCCAGGCCGUGCUCUGGUGAUGACUCGAAUGGACAGUAUUUCUGACUCCCGCCUCUAUGACAGCAACCCCAUGAGGCAAAGGCGGCCUCCUCUGUGCAGGGAACAGCAUGCUAGCUGGGACCCAUUGCCCCGUGCAGCUGACUCCUAUGGAUACCACUCCUAUCCCUUAGGUAACGGUCUCAUGCAACCAUGUUACGAACCAGUCAUGGUAAGGAGCAUGCCUGAAAAAAUGGAGCAGCUUUGGAGGAAUCCUUGGGUUGGAAUGUGCAAUGAUGCCAGGGAGCAUGUGAUACCCGAGCACCAGUAUCAGACGUACAAGAACCUCUGCAACAUCUUCCCUUCUAACGUUGUUCUUGCAGUGAUGGAGAAGAAUCCCCACACAGCAGAUGCUCAGCAACUGGCAGCCUUGAUUGUUGCCAAGCUUAGGUCCGCACGUUGACAUAAGACUUAUUCUUUUGCAUAAAUAUGAAUAGUAAUAAUACAUGAUAUUAUAAUUCUAAUAAGUAAUAAUCUGUGUUAUACUUUUAAAAUUACAGAGUGUUUCUAUCAUUUUAGUACAUAACAACUCUGUGAGGGAGAUUUUGGAAACAUCUAAUUUUAUAGAGAAGGAAACAGAAGUUUGAUGCGAUUAGCUGACCUGCCAAGGUCACACUGCUAGUAAAUGAUCAAGUCAAGACACAAACUGAAGUCCUCUGGCCUAAUGUUCCAUGCCCUUUUCCACUGAAGUGUGGAGAUAAUGGAGGGCAAAACCCAGGCUUUGUGUAAAUGCAAGAAACCCCAAGGGACUUUGUUAUCAUUGUUUUCUUUUUUACUUUUUUUUUGAGACAGGGUCUCUUCUCGUAGCACAGGCUUUCCUGGAACUUGCUAUGUCGACCAGGCUGGCCUUAAACACACAGAGAUCCAUCUGCCUCUGCCUGCAGAGUGCUAGGAUUGAAAGCGUGCGCCACCACAUCCAGCUACCGGUGUUUUCUUAGUCACACGCUCCAUAUUAUAAAGUAUGGAUCAUCUGUCCAAUUUAGAGAGCCAAUACAUGAGGAUCAGAUUGUAUUCUGAAUUAACCUUUUAAGGGUUUUAUAAUAGAGAUAUUUAAAACUAAAAGUAAACACAGCUUUUAUUGCAUGAGUAUCUGAUCAUUCAAUAUCUUUAGCCAAGUGUAGGGUCACAUUGAAGCUUCUAGAGAUAUAGUUGAACCCUCCUAGCAAUUCUACUGCAUGUAUAGAUUUAUAUAUUUGGUUUGAGAUGUGUUUGUAUCUCUGGUAUCAACUUUUCUAUUGUGAUAAGACAACAAGCUCUAUACAGUCUAUAGUUUACACCUGUAUAGAUCACAAUACAACUUGAUGAUUUUGUCACAUUUUAUAGUUUCAAUUAGAUUCAAAAUUGAAAUCACAUGCUAACAUUUAAACCUUGCUUUCUUAAGCACCAGAGUAAAGCAGCUGUAUUUCCUUUAUAUAUUUUCCUUGACCACGUUUGUUAACCAUUUUUGGCUUUCAGGUCUCUUCACCUUAGCAAAUUAGGGGUCAGGCUAAAGCUUUCUAUAGCAGAGGUACUCUUGAAGCGCAUAUUCGACAUUUAGUAUGUAUACGAUACACAAGUGCUAAGGAGCUGGACUAGGACCAAGGGACUGUCUACCAGAAUCUGCUUCCCUUGUUCCAGGAGGGAUGGCAUUGAGUGAUACCUACCAAGGGACUGUCUACCAGAAUCUACUUCCCUUAUCCCAGGAGGGAUGGCAUUAAGUGAUACCUACCAAGUUGGAACUUCUGACCAAUUCAACAUUACAGGACAAAGUGUAGUGAGAGAGAGUGCAUAGCCAUGUAUGACCACUCUCUCCUGUUUUUCACCAUCUGAGCAAUAAGAUCAGUCAUAGAUAGAGCAGAAUUCCUUUUGGAACUAAAACCAGGGUAUUUAUUUUCUAGGUGGCAAAAGAGCAGCUUCCCAAGGGGGAAGUGCUCUGCUAUGCACUUCAAAUCCUUACAGAGGGCACACUGGGGGUAGAUAAUUCUGAGCUGCAUUAUUAAGGAGGGUAUGACUUUUGCAUCAGGCAGCACCAUUUGCACAAUUUGAACCUUACUCUGCAUAGAAUCAUUUGUAGCUACAUGCCUCUACAAGAGGUUUUUAUUGUUUUGUUUUAAGAUGCACUAAACGAGCCCUCCUUUCUGAAUCCAUUGUAUAUUUCAACAUUUUGAACGAUGACCAGCUCGCCAUUUCCGAGGCUGGAACUUACUAACUUCUACAGUCCUUUUUCAUGAGAGUUGAGAAGGCCUGGCCUUGGCCUCUUGUUUCUUCAUGAGAAGGUGAAAUACUGCCUAUAAAUGUUUCUUACUGUGAAACACUCUGAAUGUGAGACUGUAGUCAGGGUUGUUUCUGGUAGUUUGAAUAAUGGCUUACACGCUGCUUCCCAGCUUUCUCUCUGUGAAAGUUGAUGAAUAGUACAUCUUCAACAAUAGUCACUUAGCCACAACUUUACAUUUACCUCCUCCAACCUGCUAACUCUUCCAUUCCCCAGGGUACUGACAGUGUUACAAUAUGUUCUAUCAGCCAGGGCCACACAAACUAACACUGUCACUGCAGUGCUUCCUAUGUCACCCAAGCACCACUUCACACCUUGAACUUGUUGGCCCUUCUAAAUCUGCCCCUUGACAAAAUCAGGGUAUUUGACAAUCUCAGAUUUUUCUGAUGCCUUUGUACCAAUCAGUUCUUAUACCUGACAAUGACGCUGCAGUGUCCAUUAGUUUCCCAGUUUACAGGGAAACACAGGGUUCGACUUGUCACCUGCAAUUCAUCUGGAAUACGUUUGUGUUCAAAAUGCGAAAGAAUUGGAAGCUCCUCCCAGUCGGGGCCUCCCAGUAGGGGGAAUUUUUUGAGAUAGCAUGUGUAUUUUUUACUUUCUAAGAAAGGAUUGCCAUUCUUCUCUCCUUGUAAAAUGUGUAUGAACCAAAGCAGCUAAGAGCAAUGCCUCAAAUAACCAGAAAUGACCUUUUGUUGAUACAAAUUGUAUCUCUUUUCUCCUGAUUGUAUAGAAACAAAUAUACAAAACUCAUCUUAAACUAUGUUUAGUACUUAAUUUUCACCAUAUUUGUGGCACUGUGUGUCACUGGAAAGUAGCCCGGGGGUAACGAGGGAGCUUUUAUUUCCAAAGGGCAGUAGUAGUUUAUAGACAAAUACAGUUUUCAAGGCCUCUUUAUUGUUAGAUGAACAACUAUUGUGUGUAUAAUCUGCAACAUUGUGAUUCUCUUUAGCCUCUUAAAUUUAUUAUGUCCUUACAAAGGGGAUUUUUAUAAAGUGUCAAUAGUAAUAAAUUAUAUGUAAGAAUCUUUAAUGGACCUGUAUAAUUAUGAAUGCAUAAAUCCAAUGUGGUUCUUACAUUAGAGAAACAUUUUUAUAUCAAGAUCUGCACACUUCUUGACGUUUCCAUUUUGUCUAUAAUUAUAAAAUAGCAAUUAAAGAAGAGCAUUGAGACCUCGUUAGCACCCUCCAAGGGGCUAAGUGUGUGUCCUUCUGGAUACUUACCUCCAAGUACACAGCAGGGGUUAAGGCACAGUGUUCCGUGUGGUUUUUGAGAAGCAGCGAAUUCUGUAAGAGGUGCUUUGUCAUUUGAAUUCCUUCACUGAUUUUUCUGACCUCAUAGCAAACCUCUGCCUGUUCAGGCCUUAGACUUUGUAGAUUUUCUGAUUUUUGUUUUCUUGUUGUGACCUUAUUAUUGUUGCUGUUUUCAUUUCCACCUAAAGGAGAAAUGUGACUCUGGAGGGGCAUGGUCAAUCCAGGGCACCCUUUCUAUAAGACAGAUCAAAGAAAAGUGAGCCUUUAAAGGUAACAUGGAACUACUGAACUCAAAUAAGGUACCAGGUGUGGAAGGGAAAAUGGCGGAUUACUUAUCAAACUAGUCUGUAAAACUUUUCUUCUAAGUAAUGACACAUAUAGCAUGAUUUCCCCCCUUAUUAUCUCAACUCCUUCUAGUUUACAAGAGAAUACUUCUCUACAAUCUUUUUUGAAUAAAUAACCCUUAUAAAAUAAUUCAGUAAUUCCUAUCUAUUCCUCUUUGUUCCAGUUCCCUUCUAACAUGGAACAGUUCCGUCUGAAGAGGCUCUCAGUUAACAUUCUGUCUGUGCUCUAAGCGUGCAGUUUUGUACAAAUGGCCUUUUGGAGGGCCAACAAUUUCAACAGUUUAUUUUGCUCUGUAAACCAGGUUUGGAUUUGCACAGGGAAAGUGAUGCCAAGUUGUCCAAAGAGCCCCGUGUUCAGGUCUUCUCCUAACCCUUCUCUUCUUCCUCCUAGUUUGCUUCUCUUCGGCUAUGAGACUGAGGAGUGCACAAUCUUCGACUAACCAAAAUGGCACUAGUGUUAGUUUUCAUUGGAAACAAAACCAGUGUAUCUCUAGACCUUGCUUGUCUAAAGUAGUCAAUGCCUCUGCACAUUUGAUAUCUACUGUAUUAUAGCUAGCUAUACACAUAGGCAGAUUGACUAUUUUUUAGUCCUGGUUUGUGUAUCAUUGAGCUAUAGUAAUUUGUUUUAUCCAUUUGUGGGAUUAAACAGUAUUGUUUAAUGGUUGUAAACUUUUUAUAAAACCACUUUGGGUUUCUUAUUUGACCCAAACAUAAUGUAAGUCUCAAUGACAAAAUACAGAGCCAAGCUGAGGUGAGUGAAAAUACAGCCCUUCUCCAGUUUUGUCUGCCCCUAGGAUGCAUGUGCAAUGCUUUAUACAAUAUUCUCACUAGCAUGAAUGUAUUUACAACUUCUUCAUGACGUUUUUAUUUGUUUCACCUCUAAUUGUGAUGAAAAUGCUGUAUUGUUGACAAUGAACUGUAAACCCAUUUCUUGCAUAAACCGUUUGUCUACUAA